AUGAUACCACUUCACACUAGCGUUGAACGCCCUGUCAUCACCACAAAAAAUCCUCUACCGAAGCUUCUUCAAACGCCAUCUGGAUUGGCUUUGUUAGAGCUUCAGGGAACGAUCAACCUUCCAGAACCAGACUUUGAGGAUUAUGAGCUGGCCAGACAUUCAGAGUCUUCAGUGAAAAGUCUUCAAACUCCAAUUGGCCGUCUCAUCUUUCCAGAAUAUGACUCGGCAAAUCCUGAUAAUACCAAGUGGAUGAAGCGCGUUUACCUCUACGUAGGAAAGCAUCAAAGGCUGACAGGUGAAGUCAAGAAGCUUCCGAAAGCUUACGCAGUUAUUAGAAAGAAGGAAACUAGGCCGAAUUCUUCAACGAAUAGCGAUAUUUCAAUGCAAGGUGUUGAGUCCGGUGCUAGGGACGAACUGGAAAUUGUCGAAAUUGUGAAGUGGAAGAUUUUAUUCUCGACAAGACCCGAACCAGUCGGAGCUAUGGUUACUGGUGCUACUUGA